AUGGAUAAAGUGCACAUAGUCCUUGGAAAGAAAUCCUGUGAUUUGGAUUCUCUUAUUUCUGCUUUAACAUAUGCCUACUAUCUUGAGAAGGUCAGUCCACCUAACAUUCUGUGCUUGCCUGUCGUGAAUGUAUCAAGAAGAGAAUUCUGCUACCACACAGAAACUCGGUUUAUUUUGGAAGAGCUGAAUAUCCCAGAGUCUCUCCAUGUCUUCCGUGAUGAAAUAAAUUUGUAUCAGCUGAACAAUGAAGGGAAAUUGUCACUUACUCUUGUGAACAGCAGUGCACUGACGAGUGAAGAUAAAAGUUUGGAAUCAGCUAUUGUCAGAGUCAUCGGCCCUGAAGAGCAAUGUGAUGGCAACCUGGAGUUAUUAGAAUCAGCUUCCUCUCUAGUAGCAAAGGAGCUUCUCCAAAAGGCACCAGAGUUAAUCACUCGGCAACUGGCUCAUCUCCUCAGAGGGAGCAUUCUCUUUCAAGCCAUGGCCAUGGAUCCUGAAAGAAUAACUGAAGCACAGGAAGAAGUGCUUUCAAGUCUGGAAAAGAAAUUCCCAGAGCUGCCGCCUCGAGAGGAUAUCAUCACAAUCUUGCGGGAGGCUCAGUUUCAUGCAGAUGGACUAAGAAUUGAGGAGGCAGUGCUCAAGGAUCUCAAAGAGGUAUCAGAUGGAGUAAUAAAAGUAGCUGUGAGCACCGUGUAUAUGAAUCUGGAGAUUUGUUGUGAGUUAGAAGAGUGUCAGAAUCCUUGCCUAGAACUGGACCCUCUGGAAUAUGGAUGUGACCAACUCCUCAUCUAUCAGCAAGAAAAUUCCAUAGCAAAUUGUGAUGAAAUUUUUCUGCUAAUGAAAGAUGUAAUCAGCAGGAGACACCCAGAAAUGGCACCAAACAGUAGAACAUCUUCCACUGAAGCAGUUGCUGGAAGUGCCCCACUGUCCCAGGGGUCAUCUGGUAUUAUGGAGCUCUAUGGUUCAGACAUUGAACCACAACCAAGUGUUGUUAACUUUAUAGAGAACCCUCAAGAUAAUAAUGGAGCUGCCCAAGCCCAUGCAGAUGUUAACAUAGAUCUUGUGAGUCCAGACAGUGGACUUGCUACUAUUAGAAGCAGCAGAUCUUCCAAAGAAAGCUCAGUUUUUCUCAGUGAUGAUAGCCCUGUAGCAGAAGGGGCGGUAUCUCAUCACAGUUUUCUUUCUGGUUUUGACUCCUACAGCCCUAUUCCUGAAGGAGCAGUGGCUGAAGAUGAAAAGCCUCAGUCUAGAAACAGCAGUGAUAAUUUUGAUCUUUUCAACUUUGAUUUGGUACCAAUGGCUACAGUUCAGACUGAGUCUUCUCAUUCGGUGGACUGUUCUUCUGCUGAUGAUUUCUCCCAUGACAGUGGUUCAUCAGAAGAACAGCAGCCAGCUGACUUAAAAGUAACAGACAAGAAACAUAUAUCAGAACAUGAUAUAGCAAAUUAUUCAACUGAUUUCCCAGUGACAAGAAAUGAAGAAGGCAUAGAAAAAUCUGAUGGAUGUAGCCACCAGCAAGAAAAUUCUACAGAUUUUUCUGAAGAGAAAUCAGGUUCGGUUGACUUGGAUAAUGAUUCUUCCUCUUGUCCUGAACUUUUGAAAAGUGUUGAAAGAAGAACCCCACCAACUCCUACAAACAGCCUUGUGGAAACAUCACCUUUAGAUAGUGGGCCACCUUUAUUUUAUCCACAAGAUAUCAUAAAAAAAAUUAAUGAAAUUGAUCAUGUCAGGAGUUCCCAAUCUUGUGUUAGAUAUGGGAGCUGGUGGGAUGAUUUUGAAUUGGAGCCAAAAAAUGCUGAUACAUGGAGUUUAGAUGAACCAGAAUCUGUAUUUCAGAGCCCUGAUUCAUGGAAAGAUUAUAAAGCAAGCUUAUUACUGAGACAGCAAACAGAUAGGAGAGCUUCUGAUUCAGUAUGUGUGCAGAAGCCACCAAAGCAUAUGGGAUAUUCAAGAAGAGGCAUCUGGGAGGAGAGAUUUAAUCUUGCCCAGAAUGAGCAUACUUUGGGAUGCCAACAGAAAGAAAAUGAACCACAACGAGAAGACUUUGCUAACAUGUGGAAAUCCAGUCAAACAGUUUCUGCAAUAUCUGAUCAAUGGGGUAAUACCAGCACUACUAAAGGACACAUCAAGACAAAUCCACCCAAUGUUUGGUCAGAGUUUGAUCACGAUGACUCUGGACAGCCAGAGAGUACAUGGAAUGUUCCUCAAGUGGAGUUUGAUCACAUUUCACAAAGGAAUCUUGACACAUGGGAUAUGUCUAAAUGUUUGUCAGAACUGUCUGCAGACAAUGAAUGUGAACGUCUAAACAAUCAAAUAAAUCUAGGUUCCAGAAACCAAAAAGACUACACAGCAUUUGGAAACCCAAAAUCUGAUACUGGCAGUAUGCAGGAUAAUGUUAAAUUGUCUAAAGAACACCAAAAUGGCACUGUGUAUAAGUCUAAACAAUUUGCUAAUGCAGAUAGAUGGGAUAUGUAUGACUCAAAUGUUAGAAAAGAGGUAUUUGGCAAUUUUGUCUCUUGGGAAGACCCCUUUUUGUCAUACAGAGAUACGGACUUCAAUAUAUCACAUACAGGUGAAGAUUUGGUUGUUUCUCCACCAGAUACAAAUUAUUCAACAUCUGACUCAUACACGUCACCAACAGGGGUUGGAGAUGAAAGAGAAAUUGAAGUAAAACAUUCUGACAGAGAAUCAAACUUGGAUCAAACCAUAAAUGCAAGCUCAGAUGAACCAGAAACAUACGAUCUAGCAAAUGAGAAAUCAGUACCUGAAGCAUCUGUGUGUUCAUCUGAUUCCAGAGAUGGAAACAGACUCCAUUGGCAAUCAUCACUUAAUAAUGAGAACCAAGUGAAAGCUGCACAUUCUGUAGGGAAAGUUGUAACUGACAGAGUUUCAUUUGAUUCUGAACAGAAAGGUGCCACAUAUUUUUCUGAUGAUUACUGUGUUGAUGAAAAUAGUGCUACUAGUUCUGAAGACACUGGAAUGAUGCUGAUUUCUACACAGGAAAAUGGUCACUCAUCUCUACAUAAUGCCAUAAACAUAGCAGAAGAAAAAUCCGAAAUGGGUAGUGGGGUCAUUCCUGAGGAUGUGUUUCCCCAUUGUGGCACAACUGACACAGAGAGCACUGUUUCAGUUAGCGAUCUGGGAGAAGGAAAUGAACAGUCUGAGCAGGGCACUAAACUUCUAGGUACGCAGUGGGACCAAUGGGAUGAACAGCUUCAGCACAAUUCUUAUGCUAUAUUGGAGCAAAGUGGCAUCUCUUCUGCUUCAAUACAAGGAGUCAUGGAAUGUAAAAGGACUGGUGAGGGAAGUGAGCAGGUCACCCUUAACCCAAUUAGGGAUGAAUGCAUGGAAAAUGACAAUGCACUGUUGUCCCUUUUGCUCCCUCUUUCAUAUGUUAAUAAUUCAGAGGAAAGCAGAACAAAUUCUAUGUGCCCUAGUUCCCCAGAAAAAACAAGGGCUAGUAGAAGUCUUACUGUAGCAGCAGAACCCUCAGAAAGAAGCAUUCCAUUUCCUGUCCAUGAACUAAAACAGGAAGAAUGUUCAGCUAGCAAUGAAGAAUGUUUUGCUGUGUCUCCCAGGGAAGAUAAUGAAUAUUUGGCACAUAAUAACAUAGCUGAUCACCCAACACACAGUUUGAGUUUUUCAUCUACACCAGUUUCUAAACAUUUUGAUAAGGAACUAAAUGCACAGCUGUACCCUGAGAUCAAAAGUCCUUCUUCAGGUUCCUCUAGAGAAGAGAAUAAUCAAGACAAGGAUUCUCUGUUAUUGGAUGAAAAUCAGGGUAUAUGGAAUAAAUUGGAGGACACUGUUGCUAAGUUAGAGACAUCAAGUUCAUUGCUACUUGAUGAAGCACAAGUACCAAAAGAAGAAUGUCAGGAGCUUUUAUCUAAAGAGUCAGUGUCUAUCAUAAACAUGUGUAAAAUUGGAUUGGAAAUUCCUGGAAACAUUUCAGAGGUAUCCAUCAGUUCUGAAACAUCAUUGGAGGAUAACAGUCAAGGGAGAACUACUGAAAUUCCACACAGUCCAUAUGUAGAACAUACUGAAGCUCCAGAUACAAGAAAUAGUUACACAAUUAAAAAAUCAUUGUCCUCUGAAUUCGAUUCUUCUGAGAGAAGUGAAACUUCAGAAAGCUUGGAGUCUAAGAUUCCAAGUGAGGAAUGUAUUGAUAUUGAACCUCAUCAUGAAUUGUCUCAAAUUCUAAAUGCUUGGAAUGUAUCAGUGAAUGAAAAAGCACAGUCUGCUGGAGAAAGCACAGAGUUAAGUAAGGUGCUUGAAUUUUCAGAUACUGCAUAUAAUGUUCCAGGAAAUUUACCAGUCAAAAAUGCCUACAAGGAAGAGAACACUUACAGUGGUUCUGCUUGUGAUUACACACAUUCCAGUGCAACAAGUCCUGAUAUAAGUGAUUCUUCUACAAAUAUGCAGAUUUGGGACAGCUUGCAAGCAGCUAAUAAGGAAAAAGAACAUCCAGAUGAUUGGGACCUCACAAGUGAGGCCAAAAUGGAAACAUCUGGUAAAGAAUCACUGGAGGAUAAAAGCCAAGAAAAUUCUGAAACAAGCACUGAUCACAAAGUGCCUAAAAACUUAGAUUUUUGGAAUGCUCAUGUGGAAGAUGAGACAGUAUCUUCUUUAUCAAGUGCAGGAAUAGAGGAAGAUCCAGAAUACUCAAAUGUACACCAGUCAGAUUUACAGCUUGAAAAACUAGAUGCUGAUAUGGGAGAGACUGAAUAUUUACAGUCUCAUGAAACAACUCAUGCAAUUGAUUCAGAAAAUUCAGCUGUUCAACCUAAUUUGGAGGAGAGUGUCCAUCGAGCUGUGUUAAAUCAAAGUUCUGAAAGUGUUAAUGCUUGUCAUACUUCAAGAGAAGAAUAUGGUCAUGAAAUUUCUGAAUUUUCAGUAUGCCAGGAAACAAUUCAGGGGGAAAUUCAUGCUCAUACUUCACAAAUGUCUGCUAUAAAUCAUGAAGAAAAUUAUGCUUCAAAGACUUCAGAUGCAUGGGAUAUACUAUUGCAAAGUAAUUCUGAAAAUACAUUAGAUAAAAUUCAAACAUCCAUAGAGGAAGAUCUUGGCUUUCAAAAUGAUUCUUCAGAAUGGUGGAAUGUAGAAAAACGUGAUAGUUCAAUGGAAGAUCAACAAUUAAAUUCUAGUAAUGAUUCUAAAAUUAUUGAUAAUGUAGCCAUUGCCUGUGAUACUUGGGGAGUUCACACAGAAAUAAAUGAAGACACAAAUCCCACUGAUGCUGCUCUAUAUGGAAAUGAAUCUACUCAAUAUAAUUCUGAAGGCAAAUGCAAAAAUGGAGAACACUCAUUAGCUAAAAAAAAUGAAAGAUUAGAUUACAAUACUGUAAACUGCAAAGAGUGUGAUCCACUGUCACCAUCCUGUAAGGGUGAACUGAAUGUAAAGCUAGAAUCCUUUACUGAUGCUGACAAAGAUGAAGAGAAACAACUUGAUCCAGAAGAUGGACAGUCAGGCUUGUUGAAUGCACUUGGUCAGGUAGAUCCAGCACUUGUUCUGUUAGGAUAUAAUUUGAAUGCAACUUCUAGCAAUCAGAAUAAAGAAAAUAUAGUCAAUUCCUUUGAUCAAAUAAUAUUAGGCACUAAGGAAAAAAUUCCAUCUAAUUCUUCAUUACCUUUAAAAACAACAAGAUCUUCCAACGUAUCAUACAAUGAAGACAAACUUCUACAAGAAAAUUCAUUUGUUCCAGAUAUAUUACAAAAUAAUACCCCUGGUGACUGUCAGACAUUUACUGUUGAGCCAGAUUUAUGGACUGAUGUUGAACAGCCUUUACUUUUGAGGACAAAUGGAGAAAAUCCUGAUAUAUUAAAUCACUGUGAUCAAGACAGCAGUUCACAGGCCUCAAGCAGUCCUGAUGUUUGCCAUGAAUGUGAAAGCAAGCAAACAUGUGCACAAGCUUCAGUUCUAGCUGAGCCUGAAGAAGCUACUCAGAUGUCUCCCAUGCUGUCAGAUGCAUACAAAGACACAGGCUUUGAUUUUAAUCAGCCUCCAGCAAUUGACAGAGAAGAAUUACACCCUGAAGGAAAUAGUCCUUGUAGUCCAAAUAAUUAUGAGACAGACAUUGGUGAUUCCUACCAGCUAACACCUCCAACAACUGAAGAACCAUCCAAAAUUGGAGAGGCAACUAUUAUGCAAGAAUCUGACAUAACAAAUAAAACAACAAUUGAACAAGGAAGUGUCUCUGAAAGUGAUAAUCAAAUCUCAACCUUUGACCAUAUAGCAGGGGUAGUUGAUCAACUGGAAAUACUGCAUAUGGAUAUUAAUAUUGGUGAAGUUGGAAGAGAUCAUAACAUCACUCAGAUAUCACUUACUAAUCCUCCGGCGAUGUUAGAGCAUCAAUCAGAGGAAAGAACAGAAACACAUGCAGCACUUACAAAGAAACAUUCAUUGCAAGCCUCCCUGGAAGAAGAGAAGGAGGAUAGUAUAUAUGGUACAGAAGGGCAAUAUGCUACUAAUAUUAGACAGGAACUUGAAAAUAUGCUGGAGCAUCAUAGCCCAUGGUUUAUAGAAUCACCUGAUAAGGAAUCACCACUUGUAUGUACUUCACCAUUUGAUUUAUCAAUUGGUACAGAAUAUACUCUUCAAACAGAUGACACAAACUUUUCAGAAUCUAACAUUCUUGAACUAAAAGCUGAAGAUGUAGAAUGUUCACAGCCAGAUCAGGGUUGGGGAUCCCUGUUGAUAGAAUCUGAUGAAACUCCAGGAUCUUCAUGCACUUUGAAAAGAUUUGAGUACGAUACAGAUUCAAGUAAUAUUGAAUCAUCAGCUGGUUGCAGUGAAAUUGACAUUUCAGAAUCUAAAGCUAUUGAUGUCAAUACUGAAGCUACAGAAUGUAUUCAAGAAGAUCAAGGUUGGGGAUCACUUUUGUUAGAAUCUGACAAGGCAUGUGAACCAUCAUGUGCUUUGAAAGAAUUUGACCAUGAAAUAGAAUCUAGUAAUACUGAUUCAUCAGCUGCUGGAGGUGAAAGGACUCUUUCUGAACCUAAGCCUAGUAAUGCCAGUGGCAAGCAGGUGGCGUCAUAA